AUGACAAGACAAGAGAAUGGGAAGAGAGAAAGAUUCUCCUUAGCUUCCUAUUUGCCAGAUUUAUUCCAAAGCAAUCCGUCCAUAGAAAUUGUUAACAUACAAGGUGACCAACUCCAGUCUUUGGUUUCCAAGCUAGUUACAUACUGCACCAAUGCUGAAGUAGACUCCAAAGUUUCAAGUUCUAAGUCAUCUCAACUCGAUUUGGAACCAUUCCCGAAUAUGGAAAACUUUCGUGUCAUUUGUGAAUCACACAUCAGGAUAUGCGCAGCCUGCACAUUUCAAAGGCAAGCACUCUGCACUUUUUAA